CAGCUGGGGCAGGCUGUAUAUAAACGUGCUGCGCUGACAGCUGACAAACACUCCGGAGAACCUUCUGGAGACGGGAAGCUGCACAAGGUCGUCAUGGAGAUCACCAUCAAGAUGCUGGACGGGCUCUCCCACCGCCUGUGCGUGGACCCCCGGGACACGGUGGGCUCGGUGAAGCUGAUGAUCCAGCAGCAGCUCGGGGUUCCCUCCGAGAGGCAGAAGCUGGUUGUCUUGGACGACGCGGACACCCAACUCAGCGACGACUCCCGGGCCAUCGGCCACUGCGGCCUGCAGCCCGGCGCCACGGUGUCGCUGCUGGUCACCGAGCCCGUGGCCCAGCCCGUGCAGGUGUUCUUCAAGAACGAGAAGGGCCAGACCAGCACCUACGACAUCACACCCGACGAGACCGUGGGCCACUUCAUGAGCCGGGUCCAGAGCCGGGAGGGGGUCCCGGUGAGCCAGCAGAGGCUCACCCACCAGAGCCGAGAGAUGCAGGCGGAUCAGAAACUGUCCCACUACGGGGUCAAGGCGCUGAGCACCAUCGAACUGAAGCUGCGCCUCAGAGGAGGCUGAGGAGGCUGCAGCUCCUGGACUUGAUUUAAUCACACGCUUCAAAUGCCUCUUUGUAUUGAUUGAUUUCGUGUUUUCAUGUGGAAAGAAUAACCUCUGCAUUCCAUAACAUCUUAGAAACAGGCUGAAUGUGAUAUUUGGCUUUCAUUGAAUCACACGCUUCAAAUGCCUUCUAAUUUAUUUAUUUAGUAUUUUCAUUUAGAAAAAGAAUACUUGCAUUCCUCCAUGUAAGCUGCUGCAUUCAGUAACGUCUUAAAAUAACGUUUUAUUUGGCUUUGGUAGCACACGUGUGAAACACCGCUUUGUGUUAACUGUUAAAACAAAUAAAAUAUCUUUACAAAUGUCA